AUGCUCAACAGUGACAUAGCAGCCGAAUCUCUGGUCAACUUUGCACUGAAUAUCUGUGUUCAUACAGGCACUCGUGUCACAAAUAACGAGCAGGCUUAUUUGAGAGUUUCUCUCAAAAAGAAGAAGAAAUGCGUGUGUACAAACAGAUACCUGAACCAAAACAAGCAAAUUCUAAAUAUUGCACACGGGUGCAUUGUCACACACACGCACACACACAAUAAAAAAGAGUCGAAUCUUUAUUGCACACCACCCAAUCUCCCACCUGUCUCACUACCCCAAUUACCAUUCCGUCCGUUACCUAAACAACGGAGACAUUGUAGUGAUGCCUGUAUUAAUAUUUUCUUCAAUUUUCACUUCCCAGGUUCAGCAGCCGCUGCAGCCAUCAACACUUCCGUCAGCGCAUUCAGUAGCUGCCACCCGUCUUUGUCAUCACUCACAUCUGUAGCAUGCAGCAAGUCCUCAUGUACUUUGGGCAACCAGGGUAUCACAUGUGCUGGAUGCAACCCUCGAGGGGCCACUCUCUACGAGAGCCAUCUACAAGGAAUUGUCAGACACCCUUAUUUUUCAGCAACGCCUUUACUCCCUAUACCGAAUACGUUUUCGUUUUUGAACAACAUCCGAGGAAAACCUCGCCGCGGAAUGCUACGAAGAGCUGUGUUCUCUGACCUUCAACGUAAAGGGUUGGAGAAAAUGUUUCAAAAACAAAAAUAUAUUAGCAAACCAGACCGCAAAAAGUUGGCAGCCAAACUGGGGCUGAAAGAUUCACAGGUAAAAAUAUGGUUCCAAAACAGAAGAAUGAAAUGGCGAAAUUCGAAAGAAAGAGAACUUUUAUCUUCGGGUGGCACCAGAGAAUCUACAUUACCAAACAAAAAUAAUCCAAAUCCGGAUUUGAGUGAUGUUGGUAAAGGUGACGAAUCAGAUGACAUAGAGGGGUCGCCAAAAAACGAUAACUCUAAAGACCUAGAUUCCAUUUCCAGAGAAUUAAGUCCUUCGGCACAUAGUCCAACGUCUUCCUUCCAAGAAGAACAUAAUUUGGACAUAAAUAUCUCCGAAAGCGACAGCGAAGAUGAAGAAAUCAAUGUAUCGUAAAAAGGACGUGAACACGGCAGACGAUCGGGAUACGAAAAGAGAGGGAAAAUAAUGACGACAACUGAAAUCUGACAGUUUGCAAGUCAUUCAAUUGGUUUAUGAUUUCAUCCUUUUAUAUCGAUCCAAUUUUUUUCUGGACAUAUCAAGGAAAACAUCAAUUGAAAAAGAAACAUCUAUGACAUUUCUUUGAUUCUAAAGAAAAAAAAAAACAAGAAAUUCUGUCAAAGACAUUAUUUUUAUUUAUUUCAUUUCUAAUUAAUAGUUAUUUAUUAUAAGUUUUCGACGAGAUCAGAAGUCGAGUGUAAUAUUUUGAACGAAAGACAGAGAGAGAGAGAAAAAAUUAAACAGUUUAUUUAUUUAUUUAUCUAUAUAUUAAUUUAUUUGUUUGUUUAUUUUCUGUUAAUGAUUUAACUUGAAAAAGGAGGACAAAAAAUAGUGAUCUGGUUGAUGAUGCCGUUGAAUAUGAACAGAAAGAGAUAUUUUAAUAGAUAUACUUUAUUUAUUUUAUGUGAAGAAUCGAACUUAAAAUAUAUUCAUCUGUCAAAAUUCUUUGCACACAAUUUUAGAAGUGGGAAGAUAAAUAAUAAGCGUACAAAAAUAUCUUGCUUACGGCAACAUCCUUCUGGAUUUGAAGACAUUGUUAUAAUUAAAAAGGAUUGCCAAUUUAAAAGGAAGCUAAUUAUUAAUUCCACUUUGAAUUAAUUGCCUUCUUUAUUUUCUGUUCUUCGAAUUCAGUCUCAAUUUUAAAACUGACAUUGUAUUAAACCAGUUGAAAUAACGCAUAAAAUGUCCUUGAAAGCACUUCGUAUUAUGAACAUUUAUAAACGUUAUAUUUCAACAAUUUUAGGAUACUAUGGAAAUCCAUCUCCAUGACGUGCAAGCAAGACAACUAUAUAUAUAUAUAUAUAUAUACAUAUAUACAUAUAUAACCAUAAUAAAAUUUGGAUUUUCUUUCCUUCUUUUGACAUUUUUUAUAAGUUGCAAUGACCAAAAUGAUGAAAAAAGUCCUUUAAUUUAUUAAUUCUCAGAACAAUAAUGUGAUAUCUCACAAUGCAAAGAACGAAAUAUGAAGAGUGGUUCAGAACCUGAUAAUAUGAAUAUAUCCUCCAAGGAUUAAUAAUAAUGAUUAAAAAAAAAAGAAGAAAUGGCUCUGCUUCCAUCACACAUGAACUCUGUAGAGAUUCGAUACAAAACUCUAAUACAUUCUUU